GCCUGCGCUUUACGUUGGGGCUGCGGCGGCCGUUGUGGAACGCUACAGGUGACUUGGCGGCGGGUGGGAGGUUAAAAGGGAGGUUCAACGCGCGCGUGUAAUCCGCGUCUCGUUCAUAUCCUGCUUCUUGAAUAAACCCGGAAUCUUGAUUCUUGAUUCUUGAUUCUUGACCCGGGACAUCUCCAGUUGGUCAAUACUUGCAACAUGAGAGUCGACCAGCGAGGCAUCUCUCCCCAAGAGGACGAGUCCCGCCCAGACUACUGCAACGAGGCCGUCUUCCGCCGGAACUGCCUCCCAACCCGUACCUAUUACAUCCCCGAGACGUCGGUGCUGCUCAAUGGCUCCUGGGACUUCCACAUUGCUUCCACGCCGCUCGAGGCCCCUGAGCCCAAGGACGACGUGGCCUGGGGCAAGCUGAACGUCCCGGGCCAUUGGCAGCUCCAGGGCCACGGCAAGCCUUGGUACACCAACGUGCAAUUCCCCAUCCCCGUCUGCCCCCCGGACGUGCCUACUGAGAAUCCCACCGGUUCGUAUCGACGCACUUUCCGUGUCCCGUCUACGUGGGACGCAAAGUCGCAGCUGAGACUGCGGUUCGAUGGCGUGGACAGCGCGUACCAUAUCUGGGUCAACGGCGUCCUGGUGGGGUACGCCCAGGGCUCCAGGAACCCGUCUGAGUUUGACGUGACUGAAUACGUCAACCGCGAUGCUGCAAACGAGGUGUUCGUGAGAGUGUAUCAAUGGUCCGAUGGUACUUAUAUUGAAGACCAAGAUCAAUGGUGGCUGUCUGGUAUCUUCCGUGACGUGCAUCUCAUUGCGUUUCCCACUGACACCAGGAUUGAGGACUGGUUCUUCCGCACUGAACUCGACGAAAAGUACGAGAAUGCCACGCUCCUGGCCACCGUGGAUAUCCUGGCCCACGAGAAGGGCGACCUGGAGCUUACACUCUCAGAGCGGAACAGCGGCCGCGUCGUUGCAUCUACAUCAGUUCCUGUUGACCAAAACGCCGCUCGCGUGGACAUCAAGCUCGACGUCUCUAACCCCGAGAAAUGGACUGCAGAGACGCCAUACCUGUACAAUGUCGAGCUCUCUCUCAAGACGGGCAGCUCGACCGCCCCGUACACAAUCCAGCAGCGCAUCGGCUUCCGCAAGGUCGAGCUCAAGGACGGCCUCAUGACGGUCAACGGCCAGCGCAUCCGCCUCCGCGGCGUCAACCGCCACGAGCACCACCCGCUGUUCGGGCGCGCGGUGCCGAUGGACUUCGCCAAGAAGGACCUGCUGCUGAUGAAGACGCACAACAUCAACGCGCUGCGCUGCUCGCACCAGCCCAACAACCCCAAGGUGCUGGACCUGUGCGACGAGCUGGGCCUGUGGGUCAUGGACGAGGCCGACCUCGAGUGCCACGGCUUCUACGACGCCAUUGCGCGCCCGCUGGACAUCCCCGAGGAGAUGGACUACGGCGAGCGCAAGAAGCUGACGUUCCCCCAGGCCGCCAAGUUCACCUCGGACAACCCGGCCUGGAAGGCGGCGUACCUCGACCGCAUGGAGUCGAUGGUGCAGCGCGACAAGAACCACACCAGCGUCAUCGUGUGGAGUCUUGGCAACGAGGCUUUCUACGGCGCCAACCACCAGGCCAUGUCUGAGUACGGUCAGAAGUUUGACCCCGGCCGUCUCAUCCACUACGAGGGCGAUGAGCACGCCGUGUCGACGCAGAUGUACAGCUACAUGUACCCAUCGGUCGACCGCCUCAUCAAACACGCCCAGGAAGAGGGCGUAGUUGACGGCAAGUUCGAGAAGCCCAUUGUCCUCUGCGAAUACGCCCACGCCAUGGGCAACGGCCCUGGUCUGCUGGAAGACUACGAGCAGGCCUUCCGCGACUACCCUCGUCUCCAGGGCGGCUUCAUCUGGGAGUGGGCCAACCAUGGAUUGUGGAAGGACGUCGAGGGAGGCGCCGGCUACUAUGCCUACGGCGGUGACUUUGGUGACUUUCCCAAUGACAAGACCUUUGUCAUGGACGGCAUGGUCAACAGUGCCCACCAGCCUACGCCCGGAUUGACCGAGUACAAGAAGGUGAUCCAGCCUGUCCGGUUCGAGUUCAACGACGGAACCAUCACCGUAGAGAACACGUACAACUUUUCCGACCUGAGCCACCUCGCGGCAACGUUUAAACUGGAGGAGUUUGGAAACAAGACACGCCUCCUCACCGCAGGCGCCUUGGACCUCCCAGCCGUGAAGGCGGGAGAGAAGGGCACCAUCGCCAUCCCCGCCGAAGUGCUCAACUACAAGAGCGACGGCGAGGUGCACCUGACUGUGUCGCUGACGCUCAACCACCAAACUUCCUGGGCAGAGAUCGGCCACGAAGUCGCCUGGUCGCAGCACCGCCUCCAAAGCGCAAAGGCCGCAUCACCAGCGCUCCCCAUCUUGCAUAAGCCGUCAUCGAAGCUCCAAGUCGUGACCAAGGGAGCGUCGGUCGUGGUGGCUGGCGAUGAGUUCGUCUUCACCUUCGACCGAGCCCGUGGCGCGUUGAAGAGCUGGACUGCCAAUGGCCGGACGCUCCUCGACGCUGACCCGAAGAGCGGCGUUGCAAUUGCGCCGGCGUUCUGGAGGCCUGGAACUGACAACGAUGUCCCUCAGUCAUUGCCGUACUGGCGAAGAUUCGGAGUCGAUGACCUGACGUCGCAGCUCCGCUCAUGGAAUAUUGAUACGUCCAGUCCCGACAAGACUGUGCUGAAGGCACACACCUUCAUCACCCCGCCCGUCCUUGGUUGGGGAUGGGACUGCGAGAUUGAAUACACAGUGACGGCAGUUGGCGCCCUGAUCGUCAACGCCAGCCGCCUCGCACCAACGGGAUCGUUCCCAUGGCACGUUCCCAGAAUCGGCCUCAACGUCCACGCCAGCAAGGCCCUCGACCAGGUCCGCUGGCUGGGCCUGGGCCCCGGCGAGAGCUACCCGGACAAGAAGUCCUCGCAGCGGGUCGGCGUGUGGGAAGUCGGCUCCGUCUCCGAGCUGCAAGUCCCGUACGACGUGCCGCAAGAAAACGGAAACCGCCUCGAGACGCGGUGGGUGAGCCUGACGGACCCGCGAUCCGAGGGCACCGGGAUCCGCGUCAGUCGGCUGGACGGCGGAGACGACGCCGAGUUCAGCUUCGUGGCCAGCCGCAACAGCGUCGACAACGUGCAGGCGGCCGAGCACCCGCCGGAUCUCGUCGAGGGAGAUGCGACGUACUUGCGGGUGGAUGCCAAGGUUGCUGGUGUUGGCACUGCGGCGUGCGGGCCCGGUGUGAGGGAGGAUCUGUUGGUCAAGACUGAGGAGACCGGGUUCAAGUUUAAGAUAGAACACAUUUAAGCGCACAGGAUUUGUUUAGUGAAUACGAACGAGGUUUGAAGUUCUGACAAAGAGCUCAAUGAUGCAUAGCGUGGAGGCUGUGUGUGUGCCCCUUGGUGAGAUUCAGGCGUUCCGCUGUGCAACGGAGAUGUACGUGAAUGCUGUCGGCGCUUGGCGUAAGGUAGGAUGAGCUGCUGCUUCGCUGUGAGUGGUGUCCAAGCAGGAUUAUCCAAUCCAAUAAAAAAAAUUAGGGAAACAAUAGAUGACGAGGGAGGCAUAUUGCCAAAAAGUGAAGCAUUGAAUUGAUCUCAACAACACAACCGAGAAGCAAAAAGAACUGUCGGUGGAGAGGCUCGAACUCUCGACCUUUGGAUGUCCCUGACCUUUGGUCAAGUCAUAUGUUAUAUGAGACCAACGCUCUA